AUGACAACGUCUUGUCUCCCCCCGUCUCAGGCUGCGCAGCAGCCCAUCACCCAGAGCCUCUCUCAAAUAACCAACUGUCUUUACAUCAGCAACGCUACCGAUGCUAACAACAAGCUCGUACUGUCCAGCAAUCACAUCACCUCAGUCAUCAACGCCUCGGAAGUGGCGAACACAUUCUUUGAGGGCAUUCAGUACGUCCAGGUACCCGUGACCGACACUCCCUAUUCAUACCUUUAUGAUUUUUUUGACCCUAUUGCUGAUCACAUUCACGGAGUGCAGAUGAGAAAUGGCCGCACGCUGCUGCACUGUGCCGCGGGAGUGAGCCGAUCGGCUGCUCUGUGCCUCGCAUACCUCAUGAAGUACCACACCAUGUCCCUGCUGGAUGCCCACACUUGGACCAAGUUGUGCCGCCCCGUCAUCCGGCCCAACAACGGCUUUUGGGAACAGCUUAUCCAUUAUGAAUUCAAGCUGUUUAGUAGGAACACGGUACACAUGAUCAACUCCCCAGUGGGUAUGAUCCCUGACGUUUACGAAAAGGACAUCAAUUUGAUGAUGUGA